GUUCGUCGCCGCCACCUUCUCUCUCUCUCGCUCUCCAAAUUCGCACAUAUCCCUUUUAAGAACAAAACUGAGUUGUUCCCAACAAAGAAAGGAUGGUGGUGACUGAAGAAGACAAGAUAUUCGCCAAGAACUUCAACAUCAACGACCUCCCUGACGUCCCUGCUGGACUUCCUCCGCAUCUAAAAGUCAAGCAAAACCGUGUCGUCUCUAAAAAAGAUGCUCCCGUUGAUACUGCGAAUGCCAUUUACUCGGGUAGCCAUGUCUUUUCGGGAGUGGACAACAGUGUGAAGCUAGGAAACUUCUAUGAGGAUUUCAAAGUUGAUGUGAUUAGCUGCACAGAGACUGAUAUGGAGUUUGAUAUGAUCGGUAUCGAUGCUGCAUUCGCCAAUGCUUUCAGAAGGAUCCUUAUAUCUGAGGUUCCAUCAAUGGCUAUUGAAAAAGUGCUUAUAGCAAACAACACAUCGCUUAUUAUAGACGAAGUUCUUGCUCACAGGAUGGGUCUUAUUCCUAUUGCUGCAGAUCCAAGGCUCUUUGAAUAUUUAACCGAAAACGAUGUGCCAAAUGAGAAGAACACCAUUGUUUUCAAACUCCAUGUGGAAUGUCCCAAACGUCAAUCUCGUCUUCAAGUUUUAACGAAGGAUUUGGAAUGGUUACCAAAUGGAAGUGAGUUUCUCAAAGAAACAGGAGGUUCAACUUCAACUUCAACCACAAAGCCAAAAACUUACACUUCAUUCAGCUGUAGCCAAGAUUCUCUCCCUGAAUUUGCUGAUAACCCUAUUACACCGAGCUACCUCGAUAUCUUGAUAGCAAAACUCAGCCCUGGUCAGGAAAUUGAGCUUGAAGCUCAUGCGGUUAAGGGCAUUGGUAAAACACAUGCAAAAUGGUCUCCUGUAGGGACGGCUUGGUAUAGAAUGCUUCCUGAGGUGGUUUUACUAAAGGAAGUUGUGGAUGAGAAUGCUGAACGACUCGUAAAAGUCUGCCCAAUGAAUGUUUUUGACAUUGAAGACAUGGGCAAUGGUAGGAAAAGGGCUACAGUAGCACAGCCUCGCAAUUGUACCUUGUGUAAAGAGUGCAUAAGAGACAAUGAUUUGGCUGACCUGGUGGAAUUGCGCAGUGUCAAGAACCAUUUUAUAUUUAAAAUUGAGUCAACAGGAUCACUGCCUCCAGAUGUUCUCUUUACUGAAGCUGUCAAGAUAUUGGAAGAUAAAUGUGAACGUGUCAUCGCUGAUCUCUCCUAAUUGAGAUUGUCUUGGUUUAGCUAUCUAUCGGCCGGUUUAGUUCAAUUUUGUGGUUUGUAUCAAAUUUUAUCCUUAUUAUAUUAAUACGAAGAACCUUGAAAUUAAGUUUAUGUUUAAUUCGAAAUAUUCGAACCAAUUUGGAAAUAUUUUUUCGGUUAUUUAGGUUUGAAGUGCCGAUCAAUGAAAUUUAU